GUGCACCUUUGCGCGCCUUAUAUAUACACAGGAGCACAUGGAGCUCGCAAAAUGGAAAACUUGGCCUUUCUGGUGCGAGGCAAGAAUAUCCGUCUGGUAUGCAUUUUUGAUAUCUUGGAGAAGGCCCACAGCAGGCCCGGUCGGGUGUACUGUUGGUUGUAUAACUCCCAGCGCUUUUAUUUUUGCCCAACUGAAGUUGAGGGUAUACUUGGUAUGUGGGGAACGGAAAGAGUUGCCCUCUCUCGCAUGAGAUGGAGAUACUUUCCCUUUCAUCCCGAUGGGGUCUACCGACACCUCAGGCACUCACACCGCCGAUCCCCAAAUGCAUGCGGGGUUACAUGGAUGUGGGGAAUCCCAUCAAGUGGAAUUCACUUCCUGGCAACUCUCUCCGUUCCUCAUUUUCAUUUGCAUCGUUAUGACUCCUGUUCG